AUGAUCCUUGGCUUGGAGGGAUCUGCAAACAAGCUUGGUGUAGGUAUCGUAGACGCCUCGGGUGUUGUGCAUGCAAAUCUAAGGAGUACAUAUAACGCGCCGCCGGGGCAAGGCUUCCAACCAAACGACGUUGCGGCGCAUCACAGGCAGCACAUUAUAGGCCUUAUCGAAAGAGCCCUUUUGGAGGCAGAAAUAUCCUCCGAUAAGAUAACUCACAUUGCAUACACCCGCGGGCCGGGUCUUGGGGCACCGUUGGCCGCAGUAGCCGUAGUUGCGCGUACCCUUUCACAGCUCUGGAAGGUGCCGCUGCUUGCAGUGAAUCACUGCGUCGCCCAUAUAGAAAUGGGCCGCUUGGUCACGCAGCUGCCCAAUCCAGUCGUUCUAUACGCGUCUGGAGGAAACACCCAGGUCAUAGCCUACUCUCAAGGCCGAUAUCGUGUCUUCGGGGAGGCUCUAGACAUAGCAGUAGGAAAUGCCUUGGACCGGAUUGCUCGAUACCUACUGAUUUCUAACACCCCUGCCCCCGGGCUCAAUAUCGAGCGGCUUGCAGCUGAGUGGGCAGCUAUUUUCCGUGAGGAGGAUUGUGUCCAUCUAGACCCGGAUAUUGUGCCUCGAUACACCACACUGCCACGGUCUAAGGAGCUUCUUAAAGAACAACUUGAGCUGUAUUCUGCUAACCAUCCCGAGGCAGGUAUAGAUACAAGUUACGAUAUACCAAUUAUCACAACGAUCCCUGUUCCCAUAAAGGGAAUGGACAUCUCAUGUAGUGGCAUUUCGACAUAUCUGAAAACAUAUGUAGAGACACACACCUCUCUCGAUCCCCGGCUAAUUUGCUAUAGCCUCCAGGAGACGCUCUUCGGAUCUCUGGUGGAAAUAACUGAAAGGGCUGCUGCUCACGUGGGUGCAGCCGACAUUCUGGCCGUAGGAGGUGUGGGCUGCAACCUGCGUCUUCAGGAGAUGCUCCAAAUUAUGGCCGCAGAGAGAAAUGGGCGAUUGGGGGCGAUGGACGAUAGCUAUUGUGUCGAUAACGGGGCAAUGAUCGCCUGGUGCGGGGCGUGUAUGCUUCAGGCUCCAUUAUCAAUGGAUCUAUUGAUCCCCUACACAGAGGUCAACUGUGCAACUGUUACGCAAAGAUACCGGACUGACUCUGUCGACGUCCCAUGGCAUAGCAAGUGGCCUCUUACCCAGUAA